AUGUCCAUCUCCAUCGACCACCUCAUCGCCGACCGCCGAAGAACUCUGCCACCCAGGAACCCGAAACCUUCUCUUUCCAUGAUUCCGUCAUCCCGUCCGAGUCUUCCAGAGCCCAUGCAGUUGGGCCAUGCUCCUCUCCCGUGUAUCGAACGUCAAAGGCGGAUCCAAGAAGGGCUCUGCCUAUACUGUGGAGGGAAAGAUAAUCUACUCAGCCAUUGCCCUGUUCACCCCCACGGAGAGAUAAGGGUCCCUCUGCUGCCAUGCAGGUAGGCGGGAACAUAUUUCUAAAUAUAUCCCAGAAGCAAUUCUCCAUCCCAGUAUCGAUAACCGUGAAGGGGGUUACGAAGUACGUAGAGGCCUUGAUAGAUUCGGGAGCAGCAGGUAGUUUUAUCGAUCACCAGCUAGUAUAGUUUGAAUGGCGCCGAAGAAGAUGGCUGCCGUUUUACAGCCCUCUAACCAAUUGUACUAUUAUGUGUGUUUAUUCGAGUUAUUUGUAAUUUAUUCUGUGCAUAAUGUUUCUGCCACCGUCUCUUAUGACCAAAAAGAGCUUCUGGAUAUCAGGACAGCGAUUACUCACCUCGUAUUGGACGAACAUUUUUUCUUUAACGAGUGGGACGCGAAGGAUUUCCUACAGACACCCGACAAGGCCCAAAUACCCGUCAUUCGCAUGAGAAAGAGACAGAGAUAUCGUGGACGUAGGUCGGGGUGCCUUGUAAGGAUCCGACGGCGAGCGAGUAAACUGCCUCUUCCAUCAAUCCUAUUAGCCAAUGUUCAAUCAUGUGAAAAUAAAAUAGACGACCUAAGAUUACGGUUAUCCUACCAACGGGACAUUAAAAACUGUAAUAUCUUAUGUUUCACAGAGUCGUGGCUGAACGACAACAUGGAUAACAUACAGCUAGCGUGAUAAACGCUACAUCAGCAGGAUAGAACAGCUGACUCUGGUAAGACAAGGGGUGGCGGUCUGUGUAUAUUUGUAAACAACAGCUGGUGCAUAAAAUCUAAUACUAAGGAAGUCUCAAGGUUUUGCUCGCCUGAGAUAGAGUAUCUUAUGAUAAGCUGUAGACCACACUAUUUACCAAGAGAGUUUUCAUCUAUAUUUUUCGUAGCUGUCUAUUUACCACGACAAACCGAUACAGGCACUAAGAUUGCACUCAAUGAGCUGUACAAGGCCAUAAGUAAACAGGAAAACGCUCCUCCAGAGGCAGCGCUCCUAGUGGCCGGGGACUUUAAUGCAGGGAAACUUAAGUCCGUUCGAACUAAUAUCUACAAGCAUGUUAAAUGUGUAACCAGAGGUAAAAAAACUCUAGACCACCUUUACUCCACACACAGAGACGCGUACAUAGCUCUCCCUCACCCUCCAUUUGGCAAAUCUGACCAUAACGCUAUCCUCUAAAGCAGGAAGCACCAGUGACUCGGUUAAUAAAAAAGUGGUCAGCCAACGCAGAUGCUAACUGGAAUAUGUUCCGGGAUAGCAUUGAGGAGUACACCACAUCAGUCACUGGCUUCAUCAAUAAGUGCAUCGAUGACGUCGUCCACACAGUGACCGUACGUACAUACCCCAACCAGAAGCCAUGGAUUACAGGCAACAUCUGCACUGAGCUAAAGGGUAGAGCAGCUGCUUUCAAGGAGCGGGACUCUAACCCGGACACAUUUUAAGAAAUCCCGCUAUGCUUUCCGACGAACCAUCAAACAGGCAAAGAGUCAAUACAGGACUAAGAUUGAAUCGUACUACACCGGCUCUGACGUUUGUUGGAUGUAGCAGGGCUUGAAAACUAUUACAGACUACAAAGGGAAGCACAACCGCGAGCUGCCCAGUGACACAAGUCUACCAGACGAGCUAAAUAACUUCUAUGCUCGCUUCGAGGCAAGCAACACUGAAGCAUGCAUGAGAGCACCAGCUGUUUGUGAUCAAGCUCUCUGUAGCUGAUGUGAGUAAGACUUUUAAGCAGGUCAAAAUUGAAAAGGCCGCAGGGCCAGACGGAUUACCAGGAUGUGUACUCCGAGCAUGCCCUGACCAACUGGCAACUGUCUUCACUGACAUUUUCAACAUGUCCCUGACUGAGUCUGUAAUACCAACAUGUUUCAAGCAGACCACCAUAGUCCCUGUGCCCAAGAUCACUAAGAUAACCUGCCUAAAUGACUACUGACCCGUAGCACUCACAUCUGUAGCCAUGAAGUGCUUUGAAAGGCUGGUCAUGGCUCACAUCAACACCAUUAUCCAAGAAACCCUAGACCCACUCCAAUUUGCAUACCGCCUCAACAGAUCCACAGAUGAUGCAAUCUCUAUUGCACUCCACACUGCCCUUUCUCACCUGGAAAAGAGGAACACCUACGUGAGAAUGCUAUUCAUUGACUACAGCUCAGCGUUCAACACCAUAGUGCCCUCAAAGCUCAUCCAAUUUGUAAGUCGCUCUGGAUAAGAGCAUCUGCUAAAUGACUUAAAUGUAAAUGUAAUCACUAAGCUAAGGACCCUGGGACUAAACACCUCCCUCUGCAACUGGAUCCUGGACUUCCUGACGGGCCGCCCCCAGGUGGUAAGGGUAGGUAACAACACAUCUGCCACGCUGAUCCUCAACACGAGGGCUCCUCAGGGGUACAUGCUCAGUCCCCUCCUGUACUCCCUGUUUACCCAUGACUGCAUGGCCAGGCACGACUCCAACACCAUCAUUAAGUUUGCUGAUGACACAACAGUGGUAGGCCUGAUCACCGACAAUGAUGAGACAGCCUAUAGGGAGGAGGUCAGAGACCUGGCCGUGUGGUGCCAGGAUAACAACCUCUCCCUCAACGUGAUCAAGACAAAUUAGAUGAUCGUGGACUGCUGGAAAAAAAAGAGGACUAAGCACGCCCCCAUUCUCAUUGACGGGGCUGUAGUGGAACAGGUUGAGAGCUUCAAGUUCCUUGGUGUCCACAUCACCUACAAACUAUCAUGGUCCAAACACACCAAGACAGUCGUGAAGAGGGCACGACAAAGCCUAUUCCCCCUCAGAAGACUGAAAAGAUUUGGCAUGGGUCCUCAGAUCCUCAAAAAGUUAUACAGCUGCACCAACGAGAGCAUCCUGACUGGUUGCAUCACCGCCUGGUAUGGCAACUGCUCGGCCUCCGACCGCAAGGCACUGCAGAGGUUAGUGCGUACGGCCCAGUACAUCACUGGGGCCAAGCUUCCUGCCAUCCAGGACCUCAAUACCAGGCGGUGUCAGAGGAAGGCCCUAAAAAUUGUCAAAGACUCCAGACACCCUAGUCAUAGCGUUUGGAACUAAAAAUCUCCAAUUUGUACUCAUCAGACCAAUAGACAGAUUUCCAUCGGUCUAAUGUCCGUUGCUCGUGUUUCUUGGCCCAAGCAAGUCUCUUCUUCUUAUUGGUGUCCUUUAGUAGUGGUUUCUUUGCAGCAAUUUGACCAUGAAGGCCUGAUUCACGCAGUCUCCUCUGAACAGUUGAUGUUGAGAUGUGUCUGUUACUUGAACUCUGUGAAGCAUUUAUUUGGGCUGCAAUAUCUGAGGCUGAUAACUCUAAUGAACUUAUCUUCCGCAGCAGAGGUACCUCUGGGUCUUCCUUUCCUGUGGCGGUCCUCAUGAGAGCCAGUUUCAUCACAGCGCUUGAUGGGUUUUGCUACUGCACUUGAAGAAACUUUAAAAGUUCUUGAAAUGUUCCAGAUUGACUGACCUUCAUGUCUUAAACUAAUGAUGGACUGUCGUUUGUCUUUGCUUAUUUGAGCUGUUCUUUCCAUAAUUUGGACUUGGUCUUUUACCAAAUAGGGCUAUCUUCUGUAUACCCAUCCUACCUUGUCACAACACAACUGAUUGGCUCAAACGCAUUAAGAAGGAAAGGAAUUCCACAAAUUCACUUUUAACAAGGCACACCUGUUAAUUGAAAUGCAUUCCAGGUGACUACCUCAUGAAGCUGGUUGAGAGAAUGCCAAGAGUGAGAAGCUGUCAUCAAGGCAAAGGGUGGCUACUUUGAAGCAUCUCAAAUAUAAAAUAAAUUUUGAUUUGUUUAACACUUUUUUGGUAACUACGUGAUUCCAUAUGUGUUAUUUCAUAGUUUUGAUGUCUUCACUAUUAUUCUACAAUGUAGAAAAUAGUACAAAUAAAGAAAAACCCUGGAAUGAGUAGGUGUGUCCAAACCUUUGACUGGUACUGUAUGUCAUAACAUAACUUGAAUGGUCUGUCCGCAGCUCAACUAUAUCAAUUGUAAUCAGAUAAAGGGCUUGGGAAUUCCUACAAGCUCAGUAGUUCCUAGGGAGGACUAGGUGGUGCAUAUAUACCUCAUGACUUUCCCAGUUCAAGGUACCUAAUUUGUCUCAGAGGAAAGUGACAGUGCGGUGAGAAAUAUCUCCCAGCAAAGAAAUAGGAUCAUCCUUUUCUCAGCCUUUGCAUCAAUUCUCAUUCUGGAGAGUUUCGGCGAGGGAUUGAGUCACACACGCAUGACCAUGCAAGGAAGUCACAUAACUUUCUGUUCCCCUGAGAGAGAGAAAAUACAUCUUGUUUGAGGAAAGUUCACAGAAGUCCAUCAGUCUAGAGCUUAUAGGACCUAGGCUGACAUAUCCCUGCUUUGGUUGAGCGGCUUCCUUCACUAACGACCCUGGAAACAUACAGUAGAGGCUCAAACUCAUGUAGCUAGUGGAGUUGCAUGAGAAAACACAUUGUCAUGUCCAGCCAAUGAGAGCAAUACAACUUGCUGAAAAAAAAACUGUGUAGGCAUGUCCCUUGAUGUACUUAAUCUACAAGGAUCACAACAGAGCAGUAGUCACAUAUGACAUACAGUACAAGUUAACUUACAGGUACUGCUAAAUGGGUGCCUCUGUUAUAGCCUAUGUGUGCGUGUGUGUGUGUGUGUGUGUGUGUGUGUGUGUUUAUUGACUAUACUUGAAUAGUUAACUAACUAAAAUUGGACCAACUGGGGACAUUUUGUUAGUCCCAACAAGGUCUAAUGCUAUUUCUAGGGGGUUUAGGUUUAAGGUUAGAAUAUACACUACCGUUCAAAAGUUUGGGGUCACUUAGAAAUGUCCUUGUUUUCAAAAGAAAAGCAAUUUUUUUGUCCAUUAAAAGAACAUCAAAUUGAUCAGAAAUACAAUGUAGACAUUGUUAAUGUUGUAAAUGGCUAUUGUAGCUGGAAACGGCUAAUUUUUAAUGGAAUAUCUACAUAGGCGUACAGAGGCCCAUUAUCAGCAACCAUCAGUCCUGUGUUCCAAUGGCACGUUGUGUUUGCUAAUCCAAGUUUAUCAUUUUAAAAGGCUAAUUGAUCAUUAGAAAACCUUUUUGCAAUUAUGUUAGCACAGCUGAGAACUGUUGUGCUGAUUAAAGAAGCAAUAAAACUGGCCUUCUUGAGACUAGUUGAGUAUCUGGAGCAUCAGCAAUUGUGGGUUCGAUUACAGGCUCAAAAUGGCCAGAAACAAAUAACUUUCUUCUGAAACUCGUUAGUCUAUUCCUGUUCUGAGAAAUGAAGGCUAUUCCAUGCGAGAAAUUGCCAAGAAACUGAAGAUCUCGUACAGCGUUGUGUACUACUCCCUUCACAGAACAGCGCAAACUGGCUCUAACCAGAAUAGAAAGAGGAGUGGGAGGCCCCGGUGCACAACUGAGCAAGAGGACAAAUACAUUAGAGUGUCUAGUUUGAGAAACAGGCGCCUCACAGGUCCUCAACUGGCAGCUUCAUUAAAUAGUACCCGCAAAACACCAGUCUCAACGUCAACAGUGAAGACGCGACUCCGGGAUGCUGACCUUCUAUGCAGAGUUUCAAAGAAAAAGCCAUAUCUCAGACUGCCCAUCUUAAUCUUUUAUUUUUAUUGGCCAGUCUGAGAUAUGGCUUUUUCUUUGCAACUCUGCCUAGAAGGUAGGGGUGGGCGGUAUACUGGUAUGAAUGUGAAUACCGAUAUGACGUUGUGCCAUGAUAUGGAUUUUGCCAUAUCGUGCAUAUCAUGCUAAAUUAAUGCAUGAAAUAAGACGAUUUUGUUUUGUUCAAGGUUUCUGUCGAGUGAUACAGCCUAGUGGGCUAGUUCAAAUUGUUUAUUUUACUAGAAACAUAGCCUUUUUUAGCAAAGAAAAAAAUAGAAGCAUGGACGUUGCACGCAAUCUGCCUGCCAAUCAAAGUCAACAAACAAGCAAGCGCAACUGCAGAGUAAGCAAAGCUUUAGUGAGGUAAACUACUUUCGUUAGCAAAAGUGUCCGAAAAUCAAGCAUUGAGGAUGACUGAAGACAAGGAAAAUAACGCUAUUGAGGUUGAUUUGCAGGACGACGGAUUUGCAGGACGACGAAGAAUUGGUUCGAAAAAAGGGGGCCUCCUCUGUCGUUUGGAACUGGUUUGGCUUUAAGAUAUCCGACCUCGACCAACAAACAGUACUGUGUAAGUUGUGUCGACGCAUUGUGCUAGCCAAAGGUGGAAACACCAGCAAUCUUUUUCACCACCUGAAAACCCUGCAUGUGCGCGAAUAUGAAGAAUCUACCAGAAUGCGUGCAACAAACCCCUGGAGCAGCGGAGCAAGUCACAAGACAUCUUCAAGCCAGACCCGCACUCAGCUGUCACUCAAGGCAUCAUUCGUUAGUGGUACUCCCUAUGACAAGAAGAGCAAGAAGUAGAAUGAGAUAACGAGUGCAAUUACGUAUCACAUAGCGAAAGACAUGGAACCAAUUCAAACUGUGGAGAAAGACGGUUUCAGAAAGUUGAUUCGAACUCUUGAUCCAAGAUACGAGAUCCCGAGCCGUAAAUACUUCAGCAAAACAUGUCUGCCAGAACUCUACACAGAAUGUCGGGACAGAGUUGCCAACGAAAUCCGUAACGCUGCAUUCUUCUCUACCACUGCCGAUUUAUGGUCAAGCCGGACCACAGAGCCAUACAUUACCCUCACGAUUCAUUACAUUGCCGACAACUGGAAGCUGCAAAGCAAAUGCCUUCAGACUUCUUAUUUCCCAGACGACCACACCGGAGAAAUAAUUGCAGCUGGGCUGAGGGAGGCACUUUCAUCCUGGGGCUUGAAAGAGUCGCGUCAAGUAUGUAUGACUACCGACAGCGGAUCGAACAUGGUCAAAGCAUUGGAGCUGAACAAAUGGACAAGACUAGGGUGUUUCAGACACAGGCUACACAUUGCUAUUGGUAAGUUUCAAUGUCCAAAACACAUAGAGCCAGGUAGAAAAAUAACCUCACUUAAAAACAACAACAUAAAAUGCAGAAUAACUAUUGCAUUCCUUAUCUCCUCUGUUUAAAGUUAGAGCUGACUACACUGCCUGAUCCUUCUUAUACAUUAAGCAGGAUAUAUACAGCUAUGCAAAUCUAGAAUAUUUGUAAUUUGUAAAUGUUAUGAAUCUAUCCUCUCUCUUUCAAUAAUAAAUAGCCUACUCAAUAAAUGAUACCGUUUUCUAAAGCAACAUAGCUCUCUUGAUCACAACAGUUGUUUGUAAAUCUAUAGAUGGAUUAAAUGUGUAAUCAUGUCCCGUGUCCAUGCUGUAAAUUAUUGUAAUUACAGCAGAUGCUAUGUUAUUUCUAUUGAAUAAUUGUGAUUCAUAUGUAAUUAUUUUUCACCUUUUUAUUUUGCAGAGAGGAGUGUCCAAAAUGAACCUCGGGUUUCCCGGGCCACAGGAGUGUGCAAGAAAGUGGUCAGCACAUUUUCCUAUAGUUGGAAGAAGCAGAAGGCCUUGACAAGUGCACAGGAUAAACUGAGCCUGCCCCUCCACAAGCUCAUCACAAAAUCCCCGACAAGGUGGGGAUCUCGACUGCAGAUGAUGGAAAGAGUCCUGGAGCAGGAAAAGGCCAUCGCACAAGUCCUGGCAGCAGGCAAAAAACACGGCACCUUGCACCCUCCUGGCAAGACAUUAAGGUCUUUGAAUCUAUCACAGCAGCACUUAAGCCCCUCCAGUAUUUCACAGAGACUCUGUCAGGAGAGACAUACAUGAGUGCCUCUUAUCUGAAGCCGGUCCUCCAUUUGUUCAAGACGGAAAUCAAAUGAGGGCGAAGCCAAACUGACCGGAGAGAUUUAAGAUGAGGGUCCUCAAUUCCCUGAAUGACAAAUACACCGACCCUGAAACAGAUGAGCUGCCCACCAUGGCUACCUUUCUGGACCCAAGGUUCAAGACCACCUACAUGACCACUGACAAGCUGGUGGAGGUGAAGGUGAGAGCUGCCUCCGAGACAGAAGCCCUCCUGGUAGGGAACACAGCCGUGGGAGACUUCUCUUUUGAAGAGGACCAGAGUGAGAGAGAGAAAGAAGCUGCCACUGCACCACAAUCAGCAAAAAAGUCCAAGAAGAGCCUUGGGAGCUUCUUUAAGAAAACCAGUAGUGCACCUGCCUUAAGAACCCAGAGACAGGUCAUUGAGCAAGAGCUGGACAACUACACUCUAAUGAUGGCAGCAGACAUUGAGGCUGAUCCUUUGGAGUGGUGGCGAGUUCACGCAUCCAACUUCCCACAAUUGAGUUGUCUGACAAAUAAAUACUUAUGCAUCCCUGCCACAAGUUCGCCCUCUGAGAGAGCAUUUAGCACUGGGGGCAAUGUGGUCACAUGCCACAGGGCAACAUUGAAGCCAGAAACUGUCAAUAGGCUGGUGUUCCUGGCAUGGAACUUGUGAAGAGGGAGGCAGUGAAUUGUUACAUGCUGAACUGAGAAACAUACAGACUGUCUGGUUAAUGCUUGAAGUUAAUUUGAAAAGGUUUACAACUUGAAUUCAUAAUGACCGGUGUUAUAUGAAAAAAGACUGCACUUCUUAUAUUUGGCAGGAAAAAGUUUACAUCCUGAGUACUUUAAAUAUAUUUUUAUAAAAUAUUACUGCAUAUUUAUUUAACUCAUAUACCUUUAUGUUUCAUGUUUGCACAGGUUUACCACAGAAGUAAAACAAAUACUAAUUUAAAAAAUGUGCAAUGCCCCCUUUCUGUUUCUAAAAGGUUAAAAGCAAUAUUUAGUCAUUUAUUAACUUUGAAGGGCUCAUAAAAUGUUAAAACCAUUUUUAUUACAGUAUAUCGUGAUAUUAUAUCGUUAUCGUCCGGACAGUGGAAAAUAUCGUGAUAUUAAUUUUUGUUCAUAUCGCCCACCCCUACUAGAAGGUCAGCAUCCCUGAGUCGCCUCUUCACUGUUGACGUUGAGACUGGUGUUUUUACAAUUUUCUGACGAGUUUCAGAAGAAAGUUAUUUGUUUCUGGCCAUUUUGAGCCUGUAAUCGAACCCACAAUUGCUGAUGCUCCAGAUACUCAACUAGUCUCAAGAAGGCCAGUUUUAUUGCUUCUUUAAUCAGCACAACAGUUUUCAGCUGUGCUAACAUAAUUGCAAAAGGGUUUUCUAAUGAUCAAUUAGCCUUUUAAAAUGAUAAACUUGGAUUAGCAAAUACAACAUGCCAUUGGAACACAGGACUGAUGGUUGCUGAUAAUGGGCCUCUGUACGCCUAUGUAGAUAUUCCAUUAAAAAUCAGCCGUUUCCAGCUACAAUAGCCAUUUACAACAUUAACAAUGUCUACACUGUAUUUCUGAUCAAUUUUAUGUUCUUUUAAUGGACAAACAAAUUGCUUUUCUUUUGAAAACAAGGACAUUUCUAAGUGACCCCAAACUUUUGAACGGUAGUGUAUAUUAGGGUUAGGGUCAUGAGCUAGGGUUAGUUUUAGGGUUAGGUUUUGGGGUCAGUGUAAGGGUUAGGGAAAAUAGGAUUUUGAAUGGGACUGAAAAGGUUAGUUAUACAAUAAUGUGUGUGUGUGUGUGUGUGUGUGUGUGUGUGUGUGUGUGUGUGUGUGUGUGUGUGUGUGUGUGUGUGCACUACCUGCAUCAUCUGCAUCAGCAUCACCCGACCCAAGUCAAAAUCUCCUAUACUUGAGAUAGCAACCAACCCCAUUAGAAGUGAACUAGAGAGAUCCAAAUCAAGGUAGGCCAAUGUUUGUCUGCUUAUGUUGGAAGCGAGCUGAUUCCUCACACACCAACUUGCAGGGUGUGCCAUAAAUAAUGAACUAAUCUAGUGGCCCACUCAUUUGGUAUUGUAAUGUUGGCCAGAGGAGAGGUGGAGGAAGUGUAAAAGAGGAGAAAAUGGGGUAAGAUACUAUGGAACGCCGUUUGGGUCUUUGCGUGUCAAAAAAGAUACACGUCAAAUAACACAAUUCUAUUAUAGAAUGUUGUGUGUGCUGAAUUUACAUGUGCAAGCCAAGCGCCACCAUUAUGACCACUGUCAAAGCUGUACAAUACUGCAUUGGUAAUAAGGCAUUAUUUGUUCAACCGAAUGGGAAGGAGCAGGAUCAAAAAUGUUUGCAAAUAUAUUUGAUACAGAUGUUAUUAGCAUCUUCUGGGGUAGCUAGCUAGCUUUAGCGUGGUACCUAGCUAGCACCAAUGCAACCAGCCUGAAAACAAUGACCAGUAGAAACUGCAGUCAUUUUCAAUAUUCUUAGUAAUGAUUUAGGAAUCCAUGUGAGUAAGUAUUAGCUAGGUAGCCACUUGUUGUUCUCCUAUUGAUAUAACUAGCUAGCCAGCUACUUAACCCUGUUGCCCAAAACUAACCUUAUAAGCAUCCAGCUAGCUUCAUCUGGCUUGUAUGGCUUGGCCUAACUGGGUUAUGUGUUGUGAAGCUAGCCACAAUAUGGAUUAGCCACAAUAGUGGAAUUUGCGUUUCGCCUUAAAAAUAAAAGUCCCAUCUUUAAAAGCAAUGCAGAAGGUUACAAUUGGUGGAAUCAUGCCACAUUUAGACAAGAUAAUGUUAAACAAGGUUGGAGUGUUGGAAUGUGGAGCAAUGAAAUGGAGCAUCAGUCUACUCGGUGACACCCACAGAACACAACCAUGAAGAGUUUACGCAAAUAUUAGCGUUGUAGCAGAUCUUACUUUGACUGUGGGAAAUCACCACCCCAGUCAGCCUUUUGUGCGUAUUGACAUUCAUAUUGCACUGUACAGCCUUACCUAAUGAUUGGGGGAAAAUGAAAUGGUGUAUCAGUCUACUCUGUACCCUAUUGCUUUUUUCCCAAAGUCCUCCUCAGAGUUAUCAGGCUCCAAAACAUCCACGUUGUAUUGUUUUUCCUCUGGAAUAGUGUUCAACACACAUAGUAGGUUAACUGGUACAAUACAUGUGGCUCAAUUCACAGUGGUUUCAGAGUCCUGCAAUAAGAGCUAUGACGCUAAUGUAGACUGAUACCCCAUGUCAUUGAUUCAUAAUCCAUAGAUAAGGCUGUACCGUAAAAUAAGUAUGUCCCCAAUGCAAUUCUAAAGUCUAAUAAUCCAGUGUGAUUUCAACAGGUUUUUGUCAAAUUAACAUAUUAUUUUAUUUGGUUGAAUUUAUAUAAAACCAUUCCAACCUCGUUGAGCAUGAUCUAUUUCAUUAUGUAAUGAUUUCACUAUUUGUAUUCAUUUGCAUCACUUUCAAUUAGAUAGUUUUAUUUUGAAGGCGAACCGCAAAUUCUACUAUUGUGGCUAAUCCUUAUUGUGGCUAGCUUCACAUAGGUGGGUCCGACCACCAUAAGUCAAAUAAGAACUGUUUUAUAAAUUAGGGGUAUUUUAGAUGAUGACACCUAGCUAGAUAGUUAGCUAGCUAACUAUAUCUACUGAAACAGAUUAUGUCGUUUUGCUAUGUUUUUGGGGAAGAACAUUGUUUGCAUCCAUCAGAUAGCUAGCUUUUUUAUGACCCGCACUGUCCAGAGCUUGGGGAAGUGUGUCUGUGCUCAUGUGACAGCGGCAGGUGCGCGAGACAAAAUUUUACCUGCAUCCUAGCAUACGUAUCGGUUAAUCGUUGUGACAUAUGAAAUUAGAGUGAUAGUGUAAUAAAUGUGUAAUAACUAUGUAAAAAAUUCAUGAACGUUUAAAUUAUUAUGUGAAGUGCAGUCAUAUUCAGGUCCUGAUUGGUCAACAAGCUUAUUUGACACGUCAAAUAGUGUUAUUUGACUCGUCAAAUAGUGUUAUUAGACGUGUAUCUUUUUUGACACGCAAAGACCCAAACAGCGUUCCAUAAGAUACUGCCAGCAUGCUUGACUAACCUUCUGAAGUGCACUCAGAGGGUAAAAGGCACAAUACAAGUCAUUGAGUCAUCUGCAAAUAUUAGCAUUAUAUUAACAUUUCAAAUGAUUAAUUAGACAUCCAAUGAGUAGGCUAUUAUUGCAAAAUAUUUAAAAAAAAUUACCCUUCAAGGACACCUUACCAGGAAAGGGCAGGACGUUUUACUAUCGAUCACCACCACUUUGCUGAAAGACAACCCUUCCAAACAAAGUUUCAGUGUGGCAGUCCUAUCCUGAAAGGUUACCGUAUGCUGUGGUACUCAUCAUUUGAGCAGGAGACAAACCAAAUAAGGCCAGUUGGUUCUCAGACGCCCUCAGGUCAGUCUGAAUUAUUAAUAAGAGGAAGUGGAAACAAAUGUAAUUCUUCUCUCCACUUUCUCUCCAUUUCUGUGCACAGUAUAACUCCCCCUAGAGUCGAUGUCCGCCCCCCCCCCCCCCCCCCCCCCCCCCCCCGCAGGAAUCAAAUAGCAUAAUACAAAAAAUCCCCAUCAAAAUCUGUCUGCUUAAGCUAGAGAUGUUUUUUGCAUGGGCUGCGUCUCAAUUCACCACAUCCGCCAAUGGCGGCCUUCCGCAUCUGCGGUGGAAGGUGGCCGAGCUACAGCGGUGUUUUCAGACCAUGAGACAUCUUGAAAAUCGGUCUUCUCACGAAAACGUCUGUAGCAUCCAAACAGUUCGGGCUACACACUAAUAUGACACUGUGGAAAGAUGAGACUCUCACAAACACGUACAUGUCAUUCUACUCUAGGACGCCUCACAAGACUCCUCUUCAGGUAGCCGGUACCAGUUAAAAAAAUGAAUUGAAGUGCUGUAUAUAUGGAAGUAGUUUAGUGCCAUUUCUUUAUUUUUUUUAUGGGUAAAAUAUAUACAGUAUAUUUAAUAAUUUCCUGAUCUUUCUUAUCUCGCUCAGAUAUAGGACUGACACUUUAAAACAAACGUCCUUUUGAUUUCCAUGCAUUAAUCUGUUAUUCAAUGCGUUUCUAUGGGCUAACAGCAUUAAGGCCAAAUUCAAUGUUUCAUUAAAAUAUUUUUUUUAUACCUAAAGGGAUCCUAAAAUUCAAAAUCAAAUAGCUAAAUGAUCCUUGGUAUGACCAUCUUAAAACAAUUCCAUAUGUUAGCUUAGUUGACCCCCCCACAUCACACCUGCAAGUCACAAUAUUAUGCUGGUUUACAAAGUGACGUGUAAUUCCUGUUGGAAUCCAGACAGAGUUAGGAUAUCCAAUAAGAGAACGUUUAAAUCACCCGCAGCCUGCAUUCAGAAUGACUGCCAGGGUAGGGAAGAUUUAAUACUGAGACUACCUUAAACAUCUAAACUGGAACAACCAUCUCAGUAACUGGUGCAAUAAGUUCAACAGCUGUACUAACAAAUGUAUGUUAUAUAUCUUUUUGUAGCAUAAAAUUAAUGAACCAAUCAAUGUACAUGCAAAAACACAGAUAUUAAAACAAAUAAUUGAAAAUCACCACGCAAUAGAGCAUGCUGGGAAAUAUGACAUAUGGUUCUAUCUAGAUCCCUUCUUGCCUUCCAAAGAAUCCAUCUUGCCUUCCAAAGAAUUAUCAAAGAACCAUUUCCUCUAAAAACAGUUCUUAGGAUGUUAAAGGUUCUAGGUAAAACCCUUUGCCUUACAAAGAACCCUUGUUUUCCAAAAUGGGAUCUUCAGCUCAAAACGAUUCUUGGUAGAACCCUAUCCCUCCGCAAAUAACCAUUUUGGAACCCUUUUUUCUAAGAGUGUAGAGGUAACAAGGGACCAUUUAAAAAAGUGGGCAGAGCAGAAAUACAAUAGUCUAUAAAGCUGCCAGCUCAAAUCUACAAAACCCUAUAAAUUCAUACAGGUGCGACUCAUUAUGAGAAUUCUUUUCAGACAGGCACUAAUGAAGCAAUUUAAAACAACAGCACUCGAUUUCCUUCACGAUACAGGUGAACAAGAGGACAGAAUAUCACCAAACCAGAUGGCCGUGUUUCUGGGCUCUGUCAGACAGACAGCCAGAGACGGGCCCGUAGGCACCUGACAGACAGCCUAGCCCUCAGGAAGGGGUGGAGUAGAGAGAAGGGUUUGCUGCUGUUGUCACAGACCCCUCCCUGGCUGUUGUCAAAGUGUCACUGUCCCCCUCCCACUCACUUCAGGAGCACCAUGCCUGCACUGUCAUGCCCUACUCAAACAAGCGUGUCACCAGCACUGGCAUGCCACCCACUGGAAUGCCCUACUGACAGGCACCGUCGUAAAAGAGCUAAAAAUGAUGCCGUCGCUUUAAAUAUAGCCCAGAGGCAUUCACACAUGGCAUUGAUGCUAUACCAGAACAUGGACCUUUUGUACAGAAAGGUGCAGUGUGCAGACUGCCCCCUUCCUCAAUGUCAAGGGACAAUGCCACUCUAGUAGGCUGGAGGACACAUGGUCCUAAGUAUCUUUUGCUUGGUCACAAAUUGAAACUUAUUACAUACAGUAUGUACAAUAUGUGCAGUUGAAAUUAUAAUCUCAAAUUAAAAGGAAAGCUAACCAUCAAAACUGAAAAUAUUAAUGUGUUAACUCAUUCAGUAAUAACCUAUGAUGUUAGAAACUAUAAACAACACAUGCCUUGGGUCCAUGUACUAUACUGUGUGUGUGUGUGUGUGCGUGUGUGUGUGUGCGAGUGUGUGUACAACAAUACAACCUUGUGACAUGAAUGUUCAGAAAAAGAAACAUGUGUGGGCACUGGGUAUUCUCCAUGUUUUCUUUCUCUCAAGUUAUAUUAGUGCAUUUGUGACAUUGAAAGAAACCAACGUUUGUGAGGAGAUGAGUCGUUCGUUAAAACCACAGCGAGAGUUGCUUGGGGUCUAAUUAAACAAAUUAAACAUGUAAUGAGGUAUUAAGGCUCCUGAGAUGAUGUGUGGCGCCUUGGGGUAACAAUGUUGUUUCUGAAGUGAACUUUGAUGACAUCUUCUUCUUCCUCAAGAUAAAGAAACAUUUAAAUCAAGAAUAAAUUCCAUUCCUCAUCAUAAACAUUAUCCACAUCGUCAUGAUGUCACGCUCGUUUAAAGAUUCGUGGAACCAAGGCGCAGCGUGAUAAGCGUACAUUUUAUUAAGUACUUUACUCACGACAAAACAACAAACAAAUGAAACGUGAAGUCCUAGGUUACACAAACAAACCUUAACGGAACAAGAUCCCACACUGACUAGUGCCAAACAGGCUGCCUAAGUAUGGUUCCCAAUCAGAGACAACGAGAUACAGCUGCCUCUGAUUGGGAACCACCCUGGCCAACAUAGAUCUAAACGAUCUAGCACAUCAACAUAGAAAAUAAAACACAGAAACUACACACCCUGGCUCAACAUUUCAGAGUCCCCAGAGCCAGGGCGUGACAGUACCCCACCCCCCCCCCCCCCCCCCCCCCCCCCCCCCCCCCCAAGGCGCGGACUGCGACCGCGCCACACAAACACAACAGGGUAGGGGCCGGGUGGGCAUUCCGCCUCGGAGGCGGAUCCGGCUCCGGGCGUGACCACCACUUUCUCUCCACCUCCCCGUUGCGCCCCUGAUCUGGUCUGGCACCGCUGACUGGAGCUGGACCCGAGGACGGUGAUCAAACCGUACAGGCUCCGGACUGGAGCCGCUGGCUGGAGCUGGACUGGACACCGGUGGAGCGGAUUGCUCUGGCUCCGGAGUGGAUCCGCUGACUGUAGUUGGACCGGACCCCGGUGGAGCGGAUUGCUUUGGCUCCGGAGUGGAGCAGCUGACCGGUGCCGGACCAGGCACCGGUGGAACAGGCACGGGCCGUGCCGGACUGGACACACGCACCACUGGCUUGGUGCGGGGAGCAGGAACGGGCCGGACCGGGCUGACGACGCGCACCACUGGCUUGGUGCGGGGAGCAGGAACGGGCCGGACCGGGCUGACGACGCACACCACUGGCUUGGUGCGGGGAGCAGGAACGGGCCGGACCGGGCUGGCGACGCGCACCACUGGCUUGGUGCGGGGAGCAGGAACGGGCCGGACCGGGCUGGCGACGCGCACCACUGGCUUGGUGCGAGGGGCAGGAACAGGCCGGACCGGGCUGGCGACGCGCACCACUGGCUUGGUGCGAGGGGCAGGAACAGGCCGGACCGGGCUGGCGACGCGCACCACUGGCUUGGUGCGGGGAGCAGGAACGGGCCGGACCGGGCUGACGAUGCGCACCACUGGCUUGGUGCGGGGAGCCGGAACUGGCCGGGCCGGACUGUGGAGGCGGACUGGAGGUCUGGAGCGGAGAGCUGACACAACCCGUCCUGGCUGAAUGCCUACUUCCACACAAUACGUGUGAGGCAUCAGCACAGGACGUACGGGGCUGUGCACUCGUACUGGCGCUACAGCACGUGGCACUGGCGCAGGAUACACGGGACCGAGGAGGCGUACUGGAGUCCACGAGCGUUGACCCGGCACACCCCGUCCUGGCUGAAUGCCCAUCUUUGCACGACACGUGCGUGGUGCUAGCACAGGACGUACAGGACUGUGCCGGAACACUCGCGGCACAGUACGUAGCUCCGCAUAACACGGACCUUGCCCAGUCAUACGCUUCCUAGCCUGAGUACAGGGAGUUGGCUCUGCUCUAACCCUAGGCUCCGCCAACCACAUUUUAGCCCCCCCCCCCAAAAAAAAUAUUGGGGCUGUCUCUCGGGCUUCCUCCUCGGCCGGUACCCUCUGCGUUGCCGCUGCUCCUCUCUAUAGCGCGCCUCCACAGUCUCCUCCCAAGGACGGCGAUCCAUUCCGGCCUGAAUCUCCUCCCAGGUCCAGGCUGUCUGUUCCUGGACACGCUGCUUGGUCCUCUUUUGGUGGGAUCUUCUGUCACGCUCGUUUAAAGAUUCGUGGAACCAAGGCACAGCGUGAUAAGCGUACAUUUUAUUAAGUACUUUACUCACGACAAAACAACAAACAAACGAAACGUGAAGUCCUAGGUUACACAAACAAACCUUAACGGAACAAGAUCCCACACCGACUAGUGCCAAACAGGCUGCCUAAGUAUUGUCCCCAAUCAGAGACAACGAGAUACAGCUACCUCUGAUUGGGAACCACCCUGGCCAACAUAGAUCUAAACGAUCUAGCACAUCAACAUAGAAAAUAAAACACAGAAACUACACACCCUGGCUCAACAUUUCAGAGUCCCCAGAGCCAGGGCGUGACAGAUGAAUAUUCUUCUCAAAUUUGCACUUUACGGAUGGUCUUGUCUGAAAUACUUAGGGCCCUUCCUAAAUGGUACCCUAUGCCCUAUAUAGUGCACUACUUUUGACCAGGGUCCAUAGGGCUCUGGUCAAAAGUAGUGCACAAUGUAGGGAAUAGGGUGCCAUUUGGUACCCAAACCUAGGCUACUGCCGCUUUCAUGACUUCCUACUUAGAUAUCAUAGCAAGCAUCCCGAUCCCAGUCCUUCUCUGCUUUUAGACGGUUAUUUAAAAGCUUGCUGCCUGUUCUGAAUGCUACUCUCCUCUCCUUCCCUAUCCGACAACACAGUAAUAUCUUUGGCUAAUCAAAAUGAUUAAAACACCACAACCAAUUAAACAGUUGGAGCUUUGUUAGAAGGGUUGAAAGAUAGAUCAGAUUAUGGCUGCAUGGGUGCUAAAAACAUUUGAUAAUGCCAUUCAGUCGGGUUCAGUCAACAGAGUAAAGAUCCAUCCUUUAUUCAUGACAUUCUCAUCUAGACUUCUCAUCUUUAAAAACACUUUUUCUGAAGUAGAGGUGACACAUUGUGUUUAUAAUUCCCAUGACAGCGCGCACACACACACACACAGAGACACACACACACACACACACAAACACACACACACACACAUACAAACUCCAAUUGAAUGUGUCUCAGAUAAAGAAGGAGAGUUGUUUUAAGCUAGAUUGUGUCCCUGACAAUGACUCUCAGCCAGUGAGUCAUCUUUGUAACACCAGUUGUGUAGGUUGGUACGGCCACACAGUCCGCCCCUCAUUUGCGUCGUACAGAAAGAACGCACAUAAUUAGGCAUGACAUCACAGACAGCAUUAGGUUAGUGGAUAGUGGGAGAGCGCAGAGGACAGUUUCUCCUCACUAAUGAGCGGUUUGGUGACAGAAACCAAACAGGGAGAAGGCAAGAAUGACACAAUUUUAGAAUGACAAGACCAUAGACCUUAGCAGCCCUGCGUAUUGUUUGUAGUAAUGUAAUUACUGUGUAGGUCAAUAAGCCUUUUCCUGCCUGCCGGCCAAAGACGAGAACCAAGAGGAAAAAUGUAUCAUCCAGGACAGAACUCAAAAUAUGUUGUUAAAAUAAUCAUGGAUAAUGAUGUGUUAUCCUUUAUUAUUUUAAUUAUUGUGUAUUCACUUCAUGUGUGGCUUAAUUGUGUUUUUUUCCUCUUAUAAAUCAAAGAAAAUAAAAAAUAAGCUCCCAAGCUUACUUUGAACUCCCAAGGUUCCAAUUGCUAUUUUAACUCUAAUUUGUUAUGAAUCACCAAAAUAACGUUCUUUAAGACCUAAAUUCAAUCAGGACCACACAAGAUCUGCCUUAUAACUUGACUGACAUUCAAAGGAUUUUCCCAUUAAGCCGACAUAUGCAGCAUUUACAGUGAAUGCGGUCUUAGCUGAAAAGGUGCAUAGCUGAAACGGGGCAAUCGGAUUAAAUCUAGCCCUAAAUUUGUUCUGUGUGGUGGAAUAUCCCGAGAAGCCUAAUUUUUUACAACGAUAUAAUGACAAUGAAGGGGUUAAACAUCACAGAGAAGACUGAUAUGAUAAGUGCCUAGGAAUUUCUACGUGUGUUGUUGUCACUUCCCUCCCCCAGAAUCCUCCAAAUGUUAAACGUGACACAGGAAAUCCUACAGGCUUUCUUCCUCAUCCACACAUCAGAAGAUUGUUACGUGUGUCGUUGAAUGGCUGUCCAAAUCUUCACAAAGCACUAUCACCCGCCCCUGUCGUAUCUCCCCUCCUCAAACACACACGCGCACACAUGCGCACACACACGGGCACACAACUUCCACCUGGCAAAGGGGAACAGAAGUGCCUGAUUGGCGGUGGCACAUGCUUAUUUUCAGCACCCUGGCUUCCUUCGUCUUGUGAAUCCAAAAACCCCAGGCAUAGUGGUUAAAUGUGGACAGUGAGGUGUGGAAUACAUUAUGAGGAUUUAGCAUGUUGCCACCAACAAAGCCAGGGGGACAAUACCUUCCUUUCAAUCAAUGCUGCCGCUAACCUCUGUGGGCUGGAUAGCCUAUACAUCACAGGAGGCUGGUGGCACCUUUACUGGGGAGGACGGGCUCGCCGUAAUGGCUGGAGUGGAAUGAAUGGAAUGGUAUUAAAUACAUCAAAGACAUAGUUUCCAGGUGUUUGAUGCCAUUCCAUUUGCUUCCUUCCAGCCAUUAUUCUGAGCCGUUCUCCCCUCAGCAACCUCCACUGCUAUACAUCUGGAGAGAGCGCGAGAAAGGUGGGCACAAGCACUGUCCAUGGCACAAACUGUUCAACAUUUUUUGUGUCAUUUUAAAGGUCAUUUCCUGCCAUUCUAAACAUUUUGCCAUGUCUUAUGUGUGUUCAUUGUGUGUUCAUGUGAUAUUUGAGUGACAAACAUUACAACAAAAUCUAUGGGCUAAAACACCUAGCUAAAAAACGUUAGCUGACAUGGGCUAGUUGAUUAUGACACUUCUGACAAGUUAUAAAUAGCUCUUUAAGGUCUGCAAUGACUGACAUGACAAGAGGAAAACUGUUGAAGCACUACCCUUUUUCGAAAUUGCACCAUUCUAUUAUUACAACUUUCAAGAGUAAGUUGAAAGCCCGACUGAGUUCCUACCGACCGGGAGCGCGCCCCACAAUUUGGGAACCACUGGACUAGAUGGUGGAGUAGGCCUUGCUCAGUAGGGUCAUGCUGUUUUUUUGUAUGUUAGUACUUGCACAGUUAUAAUAAUGAUAUACACUGAGUGUCCAAAACAUUAGGAACACCUUCCUAAUAUUGAGUUGCACCCCCUGUCGCCCUCAGAACAAGCUCAAUUCAAGUCUCAAUUGUCUCAAGGCUUAAAAACCAUUAUUUAACCUGUCUCCUACCCUUCAUCUACACUGAUUGAAGUGGAUUUAACAGGUUACAUCAAUAAUGGAUCAUAGCUUUCACCUGGAUUCACCUGGUCAGUCCAUGUCAUGGAAAGAGCAGGUGUUCCUAAUGUUUUGUACACUCACUGUAUGUAAGAGAAGUAAGCCAAUACAAAAAGAGGCUAUAUCUAACAUUUACACACACUGCAUUUGUGUAUAACGUUCAACCUGCACUUAAAGCUGUAGAGAGCUUGUGUAAUAUUUGCCUUUCAGCAGUUUACAUAUGGGGUGACAAAAUCACCAACUAGCUCUCACAGUCUCACGUCAGAAUUAGACGUUCAUCCAUGUUUCUCAAAUUUCACAUUUCAAAGUUGUUCCAAACUUCAAAUUUCUAAAUGUUUAAGGUUAAGUUUAGGCAUUAACUUAGAUUUUUUAAGGUUAGGGUUAAGUUUAGGUAUUCAUUUUUUAUCGCUGGAUUUGAAUAUGCAAACUUUGGCACCAGAGGCAGAUAGCAAGCUGUCAUGGUCAAAAUAUAUAGACUCAAUGGUUGCUAAAAUGGGAAGGUUUGCCCAUGAUAAGGCAUUGCUCUGCCUUCUUGACAUCUCAGUUAACCAGACAGGUCCUACAGGCCCUAGAAUUGUCGCACCUGGACUACUGCCCAGCUGUGUAGUCAUGUGUGGCAAAGAAGGACAUAGGUAAAUUGGUCUAGAACAAAGCAGCACUAUCGCACUUAGAUGUACAUGGAGGGAAAGUGUCAGAGGUACCAAUUUACCUAUGUCUGGUACCAAAGGUACCUAUGUCUGGUACCAAGGUACCAAACUGUCUGUUCAAGCAGUUAGCACACAGUUCAGACACUCAUUGGUACAACACAAGACAUGCAACCAGAGGUCUCUUCACAGCCCCCAGGUCCAGAACAGAGGCUAGGAAACGCACAGUAUUAAGUAGAGCUCUGACUACAUUGAACGCUCUGCCACCCCAGGUAACUCAAGCUAGCAAUAAAAACAGUAAAAAACAACAGAUAAAAGAACACCUUACUGCACAAAGGUGACUCUGAAGAGACACAGCCUUUUUAUAUAUAUUGUAUUGUAAUUUGCACUGUACUAUGAAUUAGACCUAGAUAUUGUGUGUAUGUACUGGUAUGUAGGCUGUGUGGGACGUUGUGAAUGUAUGUAUUUCAGUCCUUGACUAAUGAUGAUCUAUACUAUGUAUUAUGUCAUGUUUCAUGUGGACCCCAGGAAGAGCAGCUGAUGCUUUUGCAGCGGCUAAUGGGGAUCCUAAUAAAUACCAAAUACCGUUCACAAUGCCCUAGCAAAACCGAAAACUACUUGAAGGUAACAGCACUCACUGUUGCUCCUUUUAAAAUGUUGAUUUUGUUGAAAUGUAUGCACUCACUAACUGUAAGAGCGUCUGCUAAGUGACUAAAAUGUAAUGCAAAUGUAAAUGUAAUUUAACUUAUAUUUAUAUAAAAUAAAACAAUGAUCUCAACUAGCUAAAACGUCAGCAACUUCCAAGCUUAAAUCAACAGCCACAUGGCAAACUUACCUCUUACUUGCACCUUCCACUAGGCUGCAGCACCUAAAAAAAAAAAGACACAUUUUCAAGAAACAGUCAAGAAUUUCAAGACACACUCAGACGAUAAAAUUACAGGAUAAAUCAUUCAAUUAGCAGGAUCUCAAACCAAGGUAGCAUGCACAAGCAAUUAAAGUUAUUGUCACACCUGUGACAACCAUGCCAAUACUGCAUUAUUUUUCAUAAAAAAAUAAUACAAAUGCAUCUGGUUUCCAAGCCUACAUCUCUAUUUGUUAAAUGAACUUCCAUUGUCCACCAAGAGUGGCUGAAAAUCCUCUUCUCUUCAGUUUGAUCCUCUAUUAAUGUGGGAGCGCGAGGUAGCAACAGUGUUCCUCUCCCCAAGUCUCCAUCUUUAUAUUCAGUGAGCUCUCCAAUACCCUCGUAGAGCAGGCCAUACAUCAUCACAUGGGAUAUCAUUGCUUUAACGCUGCAAUAUGUCAGCUGUCAGAUAGACCUACUCUGUUUUAAAAAAAUGAUUUGUUAUCUGAUCAAUCUAUCUAGCUUCUCUAUGAAAUGAUUUAAGCCUGCUCCCUACUUUACCUCGGAGAGAUAAAGGAUAGGCUUGAGGCCAAAACUGCUGUUUGUGUAUGGAGAGGCAUCAUGCCCAUAGGGGGCACAGAUGUGUCGCCUUAGAUUUGUCCUGUUUACAUAUUUCAAAAUAAUAUUAAUAAUACUUUUUCUUCUCUGUAAUACUACUAGCCACCUAUCAAUUUCAUGAAGUUGGCUUUAGCUAGCCCAGAGAGGUUCCCAAUCUCCCAACUAGCUAUUAUAGGCUAUCAACAAAGUGACAUUUAUAUUUGCUUUUUAGUAAUUUAGCAGAGCAUCUUACAGGAGCAAUUAUGGUUAAGUGCCUUGUUCAAGGGUAUAUCGACCGAUUUUUCACCAUUCGGUCACUGGCCCAACGCUCUUAACUGCUAGGUUACCUGCCCGAGUACCUACAAGAGUAGCUAGCAAGAGUAACAAAAGUAGGUAGCUCGUCUAACUAUGUUAGCUGGUAUGCCUGCUGGCAAGGUUGGUAUACUUUAGAAAAGCAAGCAAUAGAUAAAUGUACAGAAUAAGACUCACAUUUCUUUCAAUCUUUUACCCAGAUUUUAGCAGAGAUGCAGACCUCCGGACCAAAGUUUUUCAAUGUUAUUCUCCUCACGUGAAAAGUUGGCUUUAACAUGUGAACUCCACAUUGAAUACAUAUGAUUUCACAUGUGAACAACUGACCUCACAUGUCUGUUUUGUUUUCACAUGUGAAGAUUUCAGCUCAAUUUCAGCUUCAUAAUGUGAAACUGCAAAAUUCACGUUUUUUUAGUAAGGGAAGUAAUUAAAUGGUAUGGGGGUUUUAAGGUAAGUGGUACGCUGUUGAACUAAAAUGUGUAAUAAAAAAAGGUGUACAAAUCUUUAACCAAUGACAAUAUGAUUACAUUUGACAUGAUCACUUAGUACUGACUUUUCAAUAUGACCCUGCCUUGGAUUUGGGUUAUGGUGAUCUUUCUGCUGCACCACAAAGUCUGUAGCAUUCUCAGAAGUCCCCUACACAUUCAUUACCUAUAAUACAUCUCUGCACUAUUUUAGUUAUCAGUUAAUCUGACUAUUCUCUCAUUGUUUAUUUAAUUUACUUAUCUCAGUAAUUUGAGAAUUUUCUGUAUAGUUGUCUAAUGUUGGUGGGGCAUAUUAUUCUGUUUUAAUGUACUCCUGAAUCACUAUGAUAAAUAUAAACAGUUUUUCUUGAGUGUAUCAUACAAAGCUGAGAUUUACUAUGAAGUCCAAAGUGUGGGAAUACAGGAGAAAUCUGUUAUUGACACAGACAUGGUGGCGUAGCAGGAAGAUCGGAAUGCCCUUAACCAAGAAGUUGUUCAAAUCCCAGGUGAGGAAAUGCUGAAUAAUAAUUACUGUAUAAAAACACUGCAGCUAUUUCGUGACAUUCUGUGGACAUCCCAACGACUUUUUGUUUGCAGGGCAUCAUGGGAAAAUGUUAAUCCAUGUGUGAAAGGUUGUGAUCACGUGAAAAUCCAUAUGUGAAACUCAUGCAUGUGCAAAACAUGGUUUUGUCAUGUGUUUUUUCCAUAAGGAAAUAAGGGAGUACAAUGGAGAGAGGGAGGAAGGGGUAAGGAGAUUAUUUGAGUGGACAGCCUAAAUGAGGUGAAAAUUAUUUAUCUUCAUGUUCCUAUACAGUAAAUGACAUGGGUCUACAGCUUUCAAGGGGGCUUCAGUGGGCCUAUUUGGCAAAUUAUUGCUUUUAUUUAACCAUAUCACAGCUUCACAGAUAUACAUUUUCCUGCUCCCUGCAGUUGGUGUGUACCCUUGGACAUACAUCGAGGACCAUGUCUAA